GCCCCAGUGGUUGUCAAGGGAGACUACGCAAGAAAUGUGACGUACGCCCGUGGGCCGGACCGUGAGUUGGAGAAAGGGAAUGUCGAUCGGCGACAGAUCGGUUACAGAGGCGGCCGGCAGAAUGGUAGCACAACAGAAGAACCUUGAGGGGUAUGUGGGGUUCGCAAAUCUCCCCAACCAAGUGUACAGAAAGUCUGUGAAGAGGGGCUUUGAAUUCACUCUCAUGGUCGUCGGAGAAUCAGGUUUGGGGAAGUCUACACUCAUCAACUCCCUGUUCCUGACAGACUUGUAUUCUCCAGAGUAUCCCGGACCCUCUCACAGAAUCAAGAAAACCGUUCAGGUGGAGCAGUCCAAGGUGCUGAUUAAAGAGGGUGGAGUUCAGCUGCUGCUCACCAUCGUGGACACGCCAGGGUUCGGAGAUGCUGUGGAUAACAGUAACUGCUGGCAGCCCGUCAUCGAUCACAUCGACAGCAAGUUUGAGGAUUAUCUCAACGCAGAGUCACGCGUCAAUCGACGCCAGAUGCCCGACAGCCGAGUGCACUGCUGUCUGUACUUCAUCGCCCCCUCUGGUCAUGGACUGAAACCACUGGAUAUUGAGUUCAUGAAACGGUUACAUGAAAAAGUGAACAUCAUCCCACUCAUCGCCAAAGCAGACACACUGACUCCAGAGGAGUGCCAACAGUUCAAGAAGCAGAUAAUGAGAGAGAUCCAGGAACAUAAGAUCAAAAUCUAUGAGUUCCCGGAGACUGAUGACGAGGAGGAGAGCAAACUAGUCAAGAAGAUUAAGGACCGUCUGCCGCUGGCUGUGGUGGGCAGUAACACCAUCAUCGAGGUCAGUGGGAAGCGUGUACGGGGCAGGCAGUACCCCUGGGGCGUGGCAGAAGUGGAGAAUGGGGAGCACUGUGACUUCACAAUCCUUCGAAACAUGCUCAUCAGAACUCACAUGCAGGACCUGAAGGACGUGACCAACAACGUUCAUUACGAGAACUAUCGCAGCAGGAAACUGGCCGCUGUCACUUACAACAGCGCAGACAACAACAAGACCAAAGGCCAACUCACAAAACCUGACUCAUCUGAAGGCAUGAGCCCGCUGGCACAGAUGGAGGAGGAGAGGAGAGAACAUGUGACCAAGAUGAAGAAGAUGGAGAUGGAGAUGGAGCAGGUGUUUGAGAUGAAGGUCAAGGAGAAGAUCCAGAAACUCAAAGACUCUGAGGCAGAGCUGCAGCGGCGUCAUGAACAGAUGAGGAAGAACCUGGAGGCCCAGCACAAGGAGUUGGAGGAGAAGAGACGUCAGUUAGAGGAGGAGAAGGUCAGCUGGGAGGCGCAGCAGCGCGUGCUGGAGCAGCAGAAGCUGGACGCGUCCAGGACUUUGGAAAAGAACAAAAAGAAGAAGAUCUUUUAAGCCACUCGGACCAUCAACACAUCCUAGUUAUCAAUGAAGCCAGCCGGGACCCUCAGUCAGUCUGUCCACCAAAACCAUACAUUUAUAUAAAGCCCUGUGUGUUUAGUUUUAGCUCAUUCGUUUUUUUGUUUUGUGACCUGGAAACACUUAUCCUUGUAUUUUCCCACAUCUAAAGCAUCGGUUCAUUCACCAGACCUCACAGAAACUGAGAGCGCCUGAUCGAACACAAACAAAGCAUUCAAACUUCUCAGAGAUAUGCAAUAUUGUUAGGAUUAUGAAUUUAUAAAGGGCAGAUUCCCCUCCUGCACCGUGUGUUUGUCUAGUGUUUUUAGAUGCGAGGUCACUUCCUCCUCCUCUCAAUAAAGGCUGAACCGUACCUCAGGCAUCUCUGGCCUUUAAACAACCAGCUUCUUCUUUUCCCCUUCCCCAAUUGUUAAGCUCUUCCAACAUUUGUGUAAUUUAAAUUAUUUAGCCAUGGACCUUAGCCAUUCGUGAGCUGUGUUUUUCAAUUGCUAUUAUUUCCUGCGUUUGUUUCUCAGAUGAAGUCCCAGUCCACUGUUUUAAAUGCUUGUGCAUCUACACAUCCUCUCUGAAUGUCACCUGGUUUGUCCAGGGAUGGCCGUUGUGCAGUAGAGGACUCCUGACACACAUGAUUUGUGUCCUGCUGAUUCAGGAACAGUGAGCUGGCGCUCUUGGCCAGUCGAUGUGUGUUUCUCUCUCUAUAAGCACGAGUUCCCGUCAGAGCUGGCCACACUUAGCUCACGCUCAUGUACUUCUGCAACUUUUUUUAUCAUUUUGAUUCUCUGUUUUGCUUUUUAAUUUUUAUAGUCACAAAAUAAAGUUGUGAUGAUGCCA